UUAUUAGUAAAUUAAUUAUCAUUAUACAGACGGCAAUAGUGACCCUACAUGCCGGGGUAAUUUAAAAAAAUAAUGAUUAUCUCUUUCCUGCCUUAAUAUAUAUAACCCCCUCCAAAAAUACUCUCUCUUACACAAAAACAAACUCCAUUACACAACACAUAGAGAAACUAGAAGUGAGAGAGAGAGAAGUCUCUAACCGAUCCCGAAGGAAAAGGGGUAUUUUAGUCAAAUCAUGGACGCUUUUGAUGCGAUUCCAGAUCCUGUGGUCAUCGACAUUUUAAACAAAGUCGGUGACGUCAAAACCUUAAUACGAUGCCGUUCCGUUUCCAAACGUUUCAACUCGUUAGCCACUCAGUCCGACUCGCUCCUUCUCCAGCUCGAUCAGAUCCUCGGAAUCACCGAUUCCGACCCCGACCUCGACUCCCCCAUCGCUAGCUUUUUCCGUUCUCUGUUCAAAUCUAUUCACGGCUUCCUCCCUAUCUUCCCCAAACCUUCUGACCCAGCCGACAUCCUUACCCGAUCUCCCAAAACUCCGGCUCAGAUUCUCGUCGGCUUUGAGCGGAUCCGGAACCUUGAGGUCGAGUUAUACGGCGGCGAUGUCAAGCUCGAGAAAGGCGCCGCCGUUAAGUGGAAGGCUGAGUUCGGGAAAACGCUCAAGAGCUGCGUCAUCGUUGCUUUCCGUUCCGCGACGGUUAAUACUUCCGCAACUUCCGCCGUCGUCGACGGUGCUGUGGAGUCUGACUCUGAGUUCGUCUGUGGACUGAAGACGCGCGUGGUGUGGACGAUCAGCGCGUUGAUGGCGGCUUCCACGCGCCAUUACCUGAUGAGGGAUUUGGUGAAAGAUCACAAGGAGAUGGAGCAAUUGAUUGUUCGUGACCGAGAAGGUGAAGGUACGGUGGUGAUGGACGCCGCCGGGAUGAAGGAGUACAGAGAGACGGAGGCGCGUGAGGAUGUUAAAGGAGUCGAGCGCGUAGGUGAACGCACCCUGGUUCCUAGCGUGAGGAUGAGUAUGAGACACGCGCCGUCGCUGAUGCUUAAGAGCGGGAUUUGUCUCGAAGCCGCCACGCUUGUGGUCGUAAGGCCGAGUGGUGUACCCGCAGAUGAUAAUGACGUUGAGCUGGUGACGGAGGCGUUCGCCGGAGACGGCGGCGAUUGUAUGUACGGAGAAGCCGUGACGGCGUUGCUCAAGCGUAGGAGGAAUGUGUUAGAGAUGAAUUCUUUCUAAAUUUGUUUUUGAAAGACCUAAUGGGCUUUUUUGGGCUGUUGUUUGUUCGGCCUCUUUCUUAUGUAUAUAAAAAUCCACAUCGUACAAAGCCGAAUGGUACCAUUGGCGUACGACUUUGGUCAAAUGACAUCGAAUCCGAAUUAUAUUCCCCUCUAAUAUGAUAUGAUUAUCACA